CAUAUUGCACCGCUCACUUUGAACGUAGAUGUUAAAUACACUGCAAAUGAGCAACACGACAAAACUAAAACGCUCCUGUUGUAAUCAAGGCAUAGAUGUAGUGCAGUGUAAAUAAUUGAUUUAUUAUGCUGAGUAGCAGCUUUGUUUUUAAUCAGAGCAUACGCAAGAGUGCAGAUCUUUGCGUGGAACGGAGUGAUAUCAAUCAUUGUAAUGGGAGAGUUUGUCAUUUUGCGUAUUACAAUAUUUAAUGCUUAAAAGAUGCUUAAAAGAAACUGGAGCGCAGCUCAUAUCCACCAUUGAAAUCUGCUACUCUGAAGAACCACACGGCUGCUUGCUUUGUGACGUCAUGUUAAUUUAAUAUUUUAAUCGACAUUAAUAAUCGCUAUUACAAUAUCAAGGGCAAUAAUCGACAGUUAUGAUUUUUGCUAUAAUUGUGCAGCCCUAUUGAAUAUCCUGUUUCACUCAGAAAUAUGUGACAUUGCAGACAGGGUUGUGAACAGGGAUUACAUUUCACAGAUAAAUUUGUCAAAUGGGGUACAUAUUGUUUAUCUUAGGCAUUUACAAUAGAUUGUCUUUGAAUCAGAAACAGUGGUCAUUCAAACAUGAGAGGUAUACUGUAUAGUGAUAUUUGUUUUGAACAAGUCUUUUAAAGGAACGAAUCUUUAAUUCGAGUGCAUGCUGUGAAGGAGCAUAUCAUUGGAUUCACCAGCUGAACGAGUCUGCCCCUUCACUGAACUAGUACUAGUUGGUCAUUUGAGUCUGAAUGAGAUGAGAGGUGUCGUUUGAGAACAAACUGAAUAUACUGGUAAACUCUUUAGUGAACGAAAUGAUUGACUCAGUCAUCUCGAAUCGAAUGAAUCCGUCAUCUCAUUCAUGAACAGUCUGCUGACCAGCUGAAGGAGAGGAUCAGCUGCAUGUCGUUCGUUCAGUUCGUCAAUCUCGUUCAACAAGAAAAGGGACCGGAUGAAUUAUGAAUAAAAGUUGCAAGCACCAUGUACCAGGUCUAUAAAUGGAGCAAGCAGGCACACUGAUCCUUGGGCCUGGCCUGGUCUGGAGGGUACUGGCACACAUUGUAACAGACGGACGGGGUCUCCAGUUACCCAGCCACUCCGCCUACCACUGCGCAAUACAGCGGGGAACAGCAAACAACAAACUCAAAUCACAACAAGCGGGAUCACAUGCACAGUUGUAGAGAGGAAUAAUGAUGAGAAUGGGAACUGUUCUGGGAACAGUAUGGAGUUUCCCACAACUAAUCUGUAUGAGCUGGAGAGCAGAGUCUUUACUGAUCACUGGUCCAUCCCGUACAAGAGAGAGGAAUCACUCGGCAAGUGCCUCAUCGCCUCCACCUGCCUGGCCCGACUGGGAAUAUCUGAUGCCAAACCAGGCCAGCUUGGCUGACCCAGAUGAAAACUGUAAGAGAUUCAUGGACAGAUGCAUGCCUGAAGCCUUCAAAAAGUUGCUGACGUCGAGUGCAGUGCACAAGUGGGGAACAGAGAUUCAUGAAGGCAUCUAUAACAUGCUGAUGCUGCUGGUGGAUCUGGUAGCUGAGAGAGUCAAACAGGACCCCAUACCCAUCGGACUCAUGGGAGUUCUUACUAUGGCUUUUAACCCAGAUAACGAGUAUCACUUUAAGAAUCGGAUGAAGGCCUGUCAGAGGAAUUGGGCGGAAGUGUUUGGAGAGGACAGCAUGUUUGCUGUUUCUCCCAGCUCCAGCUACCAAAAGGAGCCUCAUGGCUGGCUGGUGGAUCUUGUGAAUAGGUUUGGAGAGAUGGGAGGCUUUACAGCAAUUCAAUGCAAGCUCAACCAAGAAGAGAUAGAGAUUGGGUGUGUAUCCGCUCUGGUUCAGCCGCUCGGUGUGUGUGCAGAAUACCUCAACUCCGGCCUGGUGCAACCCAUGCUGGACCCGGUCAUCCAUAAGAUGAUCACAUAUGUGCAGAGCCUGGAGGAAAAAGACCUGAAAGACAAGCGUUUGGUAAGUAUUCCAGAGCUCUUGUCGGCCAUUAAGCUCCUGUGCAUGCGAUUCCAGCGGGAUCUGGUAAAUGUCGUGGAUGACCUUCGGCUGGACAUCCUCCUCCGAAUGCUCAAGACCCCCCACUUUAGUGCCAAGAUGAAUUCCCUUAAAGAGGUCACUAAACUUAUUGAGGAAAGCACAGUUUCUAAGACGGUGAAGAACGCCAUUGACACAGACCGACUCCUGGAUUGGCUGGUAGAAAACUCAGUCCUCUCAAUAGCUUUGGAAGGAAACAUUGACCAGGCCCAGUACUGUGACAGAAUAAAAGGAAUCAUUGAACUGUUGGGCAGUAAGCUCUCAUUGGAUGAACUCUCCAAAAUAUGGAAAAUUCAGGCUGGUCAGUCGUCCACUGUGAUCGAGAACAUCCACACCAUCAUCGCCGCCGCUGCCGUCAAGUUCAACUUCGACCAGCUCAGCCACUUGUUUGUCCUCAUACAGAAAAGCUGGGAGGUGGAGAGUGAUCGUGUGAGACAGAAGCUUCUGAGUCUGAUUGGACGGAUCGGCAGGGAGGCUCGCUCUGAGGCGACCACGGGAAAGGUGUUGGAGGUAUUGUGGGAGUUGGCCCAUCUCCCCACGCUGCCCACCACUCUUGUGCAACAGGCGCUGGAGGAGCAUCUAACCAUCCUCAGUGAUGCAUAUGCAGUCAAAGAAACUGUCAAGAAGAACUACAUCAUUAAAUGCAUCGAGGACAUCAAGAAGAUACAAAUACAGGAGGAUUCAAAGUCUACCAGCGAGACACAGGUCUCUUUUCUUACUGGCUCCUGGGGCAGGAAGAAACCGAGCUCAUUGGCUCGUUCUCAAUCAUCUCAGCAGAGUAAUCCUCAGACGGUGUGGGUGGUUCCAGCCUUAAGACAACUUCACGAGAUCACACGGUCCUUUAUUAAACAGACCUACCAGAAACAGGACAAGAGUAUAAUCCAGGACCUGAAGAAGAACUUUGAGAUAGUGAAGCUGAUCACAGGGUCUCUGGUGUCAUGUCAUCGCUUGGCCGUGUCUGUCGCCGGAUCCAACGGUCUGUCUGGAUCCACGCUGGUGGAUGGACGAUACUCUUAUCAGGAGUAUUUGGAGGGUCACCUGAAAUUCCUUGCAUUCUUCCUACAAGAGGCCAGUCUAUAUCUGGUCUGGAAUAGAGCCAAAGAGAUCUGGGAAUGCCUGGUGUCCGGCAUGGAUGUGUGCGAGCUGGAUCGAGAGAUGUGUUUUGAAUGGUUCACUAAAGGACAGCACGAUCUAGAGAGUGACAUUCAACAGCAGCUGUUUAAAGAAAAGAUCCUCAAGCUGGAGCCUUAUGAGAUCACUAUGAAUGGGUUUAACCUUUUCAAGACCUUCUUUGAGAAUGUGAACCUGAGUGACCACCGUCUCAAACGGCAGGGAACACAGCUGUGUGUGGAGCGAUUGGAUCUGGCUGGAAUGGACUUCAUCUGGAGAAUUGCAAUGGAAUCUCCAGACGAGGACAUCGCUAAUGAAGCCAUUCAACUAAUCAUUACCUACAGCUACAUAAACCUCAACCCCAAGAUGAAGAAGGACUCUGUGUCUUUACAUAAGAAGUUCAUUGCUGAUUGCUAUAAGAGAUUGGAGGCUGCUAGCUCAGCGUUGGGCGGCCCGACCCUCACACAUGCUGUUACUCGGGCAACCAAGAUGCUGACAGCCACUGCUAUGCCAACAGUAGCUACAUCAGUGCAGUCCCCAUCCAGGUCCAGUAAACUGGUGAUCAUUGAGAGACUGCUGUUAUUGGCAGAGCGAUAUGUCAUCACAAUAGAGGACCUGUAUUCUGUUCCUCGGACUAUUCUACCUCAUGGAGCGUCUUUCCACGGUCAUCCUGUUACAUUGCACAUUACUUACGAAUCUACCAAAGACACAUUCACCUUGGAGGCCCACAGCAAUGAGACCAUAGGCAGCAUCAGAUGGAAGAUAGCCGAGCAGCUCAGCUGUCCAGUGGACAAUGUGCAGAUAAUUGCCAAUGACAGCAUGUUGACUAUGAAUCGUGACCAGAAGCUGUUAAAUCAGCUGGGUUUUUCUGACGAGCAGAGUCUGACAGUAAAGAGCUCAGGAACAGGCACUCCAUCAGGCAGUUCAGCAGACAGCUCUGCCUCAGCCAGCUCCAGCAGCAGCGGGGUCUUCAACUCUGCGUACGCACUUGAGCAGGAGAAAUCUCUUCCUGGUGUGGUGAUGGCGCUGGUGUGUAAUGUUUUUGAGAUGCUUUAUCAGCUGGCCAACCUGGAGGAACCCAGAAUAACUUUACGUGUAAGGAAGUUGUUGCUGCUCAUCCCGACUGACCCGGAGGUACAGGAUGCCCUCGAUAACUUUGUGCCGAAAGAGUCCAGCGUCUGGAGUCACCAGAAAACUCUGUUUACACUGGGGUCUGUUUCUCAGUCCUCUAAGUCUCCGUCGCUGUCCAGUAAACAGCAGCAUCAGCAGAGUGCAGCGUCCAUCCUGGAGUCUCUGUUUCGCUCAUCUGCCCCGGGCAUGUCUACAUUCAGAGUGCUUUAUAACCUAGAGGUGUUGAGCUCCAAGCUGAUGCCCACAUCUGAUGAUGAAAUGGCAAAGACCAGUGUCAAAUCUUUCUGUGAGAACUUCCUCAAAGCCGGAGGUCUCAGUCUGGUGGUUAAUGUCAUGCAGAGAGACUCUAUCCCAUCUGAGGUGGACUACGAGACCAGACAGGGUGUCUAUUCCAUCUGCCUGCAGCUGGCCAGACUAGCUCUUUGUCUUCCCUGUAGGUUCCUGCUGGUGGGGCAGGCCAUGCCCAGUAUUCUGGAUGAAGAGUUGAGCAAGGACGGUGUGGACACACUGUCCUCUCGACCGUUCCGUAACGCCGGUCGGCAGAGUGGCCGACAGCUUUCCGUCUGUGGAACGCCAGAGAAGUCUUCCUACAGGCAGGUGUCCAUGUCUGACAGAUCAUCCAUCAGAGUGGAGGAAAUCAUACCAGCAGCCCGUGUCGCCAUACAGACAAUGGAGGUGGGAGACUUUACGUCCACAGUGACGUGUUUCAUGCGGCUCACCUGGGCGGCAGCUGCAGGCCGAUUGGACCUGGUUGGCAGCAGCCAGCCAAUCAGAGAGACCACCAACUCACUUCUACCACUGGGUGUACGCAGCAGAGUCAGCAGCACAGGAAGUAACUGUAGCUCUGGCAGUGAGGGAGAGAUCACCACAUUACAGGCAGGAAUCUGCGUCAAACAGCUGUUUGUGUCCAUCAAAGACACCAUCAUCGCACGAGAGGCGCUCUCCUUACUCGUCACAUGCCUUCAGUUGCGCUGUCAACAGCUCUCUUCAUUUUACACUCUGCCUUCUGUGAAUGAUUUCAUCAUUGAUAUUUUGCUUGGGUCACCCAGCGGAGAGAUCCGACGUGUGGCUUGUGAUCAGCUGUACACUCUGAGUCAGUCAGACACGUCAGCGUACCCUGAUCUCCAGAAGCCCAACCUCUUCCUGCUGAAGGUGGUUCUGACAGCUCAGCUUCCUCUCUGGUCCCCCACCAGCAUCAUGAGGGGUGUUAACCAAAGGUUGCUUUCGCAGUGCACAGAGUAUUUUGACCUGAGGUGCCAACUCCUGGAUGACCUGACCACAUCUGAGAUGGAGCAGCUUCAGAUCGGCCCGGCGGCUAUGCUGGAGGACGAGAUCAGCUGGCUUGAUAAUUUUGAGCCGACUUGGACCAGCGAGCUGGAAACCAGUGAAGCUGACAACAUCCUGCUGGCCGGACACCUGCGCCUAAUCAAAACCCUGCUGUCCCUCUGCGGCAGCGAGAAAGAGCAGUUCGGCCCAUCUCUGAUCCAGCAGCUGUUGGAUGACUUCCUCUUCAGAGCGUCUCGAAUCAUCCUGAACAGUGACAGCUCAUCUAGCACUACAGCAUCAAGUCACGACUUCCACCCAAAGUGCAGUACAGUGAGCAGUCGUCUGGCGGCAUAUGAGGUGCUGGUCAUGUUGGCUGAUAGCUCUCUCACCAACCUGCAACUCAUCACUAGUGAACUUUUGUCAAUGCACCAUCAGUCAGACCCCUCCCUCUCCAAAGAGUUUGACUAUCUUCCUCCUGUAGACAGUCGCUCUGUGUCUGGGUUUGUGGGACUAAAGAACGGAGGUGCGACCUGCUACAUGAACGCAGUGUUCCAGCAGCUCUAUAUGCAGCCUGGUCUGCCUGAGGCUGUGUUGUCAAUUGAAGAUGACACAGAAAACCCAGAGGAGAGUGUGUUCUGUCAGGUUCAGUCUCUGUUUGGUCACCUGAUGGAGAGUAAGCUGCAGUACUAUGUGCCUGAGAACUUCUGGAAGAUCUUUAAGAUGUGGAAUAAAGAAUUAUACGUGCGAGAACAACAGGACGCCUAUGAGUUCUUUACCAGUCUAGUGGACCAGCUCGAUGAACAUCUGAAGAAAAUUGGUCGAGAGCAGAUAUUCAAGAACACUUUCCAGGGCAUUUUCUCUGAUCAGAAGAUAUGCAAAGACUGCCCACACAGGUAUGAGCGUGAGGAGACGUUUAUGGCUUUGAACUUGGGUGUGACGUCGUGUCAGAGUCUGGAGAUUUCUCUGGACCAGUUUGUUAGAGGAGAAGUGCUGGAUGGCAGCAAUGCUUAUUACUGUGAAAAGUGCAAAGAGAAGCGGACCACUGUGAAGCGGACUUGUAUAAAAUCACUGCCCAGCGUGCUGGUCAUCCAUCUCAUGCGCUUCGGCUUCGACUGGGAAAGUGGCCGGUCCAUCAAAUACGACGAGCAGAUCAAAUUCCCCUGGGUGCUGAACAUGGAGCCAUAUACGGUGUCAGGAAUGGCCCGUCAGGACUCCAGUGCGGAUCAUGGGGAGAACGGGAGAGGGGGCGAGGUUGGCUCUGGAGGAUCGCCUCGGAAGAAAGUCACCAUCUCGGAGAAUUACGAACUGGUGGGAGUGGUGGUGCACAGUGGACAGGCCCACGCAGGACACUAUUACUCUUUCAUUAAAGACCGCCGGGGUAGUGCUCGAGGACGCUGGUAUAAGUUUAAUGACAAUGUUGUAGAAGAGUUUGAUAUGAACGAUGAGACUCUGGAGUAUGAGUGUUUUGGAGGGGAAUACAGACCAAAAGUCUAUGACCAGUCUAAUCCAUACCCGGACAUGCGGAGGCGCUACUGGAAUGCCUACAUGCUGUUUUACCAACGUAUCAGUGACCAGAACUCCCCAGUGCUGCCUAAAAAGAGCCGGGUCAGCAUCAUGAGACAGGAGGCAGAGGAUCUCUCACUGUCAGCCCCCUCCUCUCCAGAGAUCUCACCCCAAUCCUCCCCACGCCCACCCAGAGCCAAUAACGACCGCCUCACCCUGCUCACACGGCUGGUCAAGAAAGGAGAGAAGAAGGGGCUAUUUGUGGAGAAGAUGCCAGCCAGGAUCUAUCAGACGGUGAGAGAUGAUAAUCUGAAGUUCAUGAAGAACAGAGAUGUAUAUAACUGCGAUUACUUCAGCUUCACUCUGUCGCUGGCCUCUGUCAAUGCGACGAAGUUGAAGCAUCCGUUGUAUCAGGCCAUGGCGCAAACCAGUCUGCAGCUAGCUGUCCAGUUCCUUUUCCACACAUACCUGCGCACCAAAAAAAAACUCAGGGUGGACACAGAGGAGUGGAUCGCUACAGUCGAGGUUCUGUUGUCCAAGAGUAGCGAGGCGUGCCAGUGGAUGGUGCAGUACCUGGUGGCACCUGAAGGACGAGAGAUCAUAAGGAUCUGUCUGUUGGAAUGCAGUGUGCGUGAGGUACGUGUCGUGGUAGCCACCAUCCUGGAGAAGACACUGGAGAGCGCUCUGUACUUCCAGGACACUGGGCUGGACUGUCUUUUGGAUAUGCUGCUGUCCCUGUUGGAUAAGGACGUACUGGAUAACUGCAAGAACUGCUCUCAGUACUUCAGCCUCUUCAGUAACUUUGCUCAGAGGGGCUAUGGGCCGUGUCAACUGCUGCUCAAACAUUCAGCCUAUCGCCGCAUGCUUGUCUUCCUGCUGGGACCCAACCGGCAAAACAACCAGCACCGGCGCUGGAGUUCAGCACAGGCUCGAGAGUUCCUGCAUCUCCACAACACACUGGCCCUGAUAGUGCUGCACACAGACCUCACUUCUCAGAGGACAGAGGCUCAAGGAGUGUUCAAGCAGAGUUCCUCUGGACUGGUGGCUCCAUCUUCUCCUCUUCUACCUCUACAUCCAGACAUCAACACACUGCUCUUCAAACAUGAUGGCCAGACAUAUCUCAUGGAGGCACAUGUGUUUCAGGUGAUGUUUGCCAUGCGUGAGCUGUCCGGCCCGUUGUCAUUUCUCAUUGAGAUGAUCACAUAUUGCUCAUUCUGUAAUGAGCCUUUCUCACUGGGAGUUCUGCAGUUACUCAAGAAUCACCUGGAGACGGCUCCACCUCAUGAACUGAAGAAUGUCUUGCAGUUGCUCCUAGAGAUCCUGAUGGUAGAGGACCCUCUACAAUCCCAGAGACUUAAAUAUGCAUUUGAAUCUGAAAAGGGCCUUUUGGCUUUGAUGAAUCAGAGCAACAACGUCGACAGCAGUCGCUGCUACCAGUGUGUGAAGUUCCUGGUCACACUGGCUCAGAAGUGUUCUCCAGCUAAAGAUUAUUUCAAAGAGCUCUCAGGACAUUGGAGCUGGGCAGUGCAGUGGCUACAGAAAAAGAUGUCUGAGCAUUACUGGACGCCUCAGAGUAACGUAUCAAAUGAGACGUCCACAGCUAAAACCUUCCAGCGCACCAUCUCAGCACAGGACACUCUGGCCUAUGCCACAGCUUUACUGAAUGAGAAGGAACCAUCCGGCAGCAGUAACGGCUCAGAUGGCAGCCCAGCCAAUGAGAACUCAGACAGAAGCCUCAGACAGGGAUCAGAAUCGCCAAUGAUGCUAGGAGAUUCCCGGAGUGACUUAGAAGAUGUGGACCCCUAACUCUCCUUGUUUUUACACAACAAAACAACAGAAAAAAAAAAAUUUGUUUCCCUCCAACAGAAAGAUGUUGUGGCUCUAAACAGACAAUCUGAUAACUGUAUUUGAUCUUCUUGGGACUUUAAAUGGAGUGCCUGCAAAAUAGAGGCAGUCACAGGGCCCGUCAGAGCACUCGGUCUACAGGUCGUCUCAUCAGAGAGGCAAAUAUCUCGUUUUUUUCCUGGUGGUUAUUGGUUAAGCCUGGCUGUAUAAAAAGAGUUCAGAUCAUGCAAGAAGUUCAGAUAUUACGUCUGACUCGACGAGGUCUGUCAGGCAAAUGGGACUUAAUAGGAAUGGAGGGUUUUGUUUCCAUUAAGUUUUUACACAGAACUACAAAAUACAAGGGGUGUUUUAAAAGAAAUCAGUCAGCGUAUAUUUGCCAAUGUAAUUAAGUAGAUACUAUUCAUGGGAAAUGUAAAGAUGUGCUCCAUAAAUGUAAUUUCAAAUGUAAAAUAAUAUUUUUAAGAAUCCUUUACUGAUUUUCUUUUUCCUUUUUUUUCUGGAACAGUUUGAGAGGUGCCUCAAAUCUAUUCAAAGAGGAACUUGCAAAGUCUUUGAGAGUCAAAUAAUCACACUCUUUCCCCCAUUUCUCUUUCUUGCUGGUAUUUUUUAAAGCACUUUAUAUUUGAAUUCAGUUUCUGACAAUUUUGAAAAUAUCCUGAUGUGGAGACAAUUGAACAGCCAUGAACGUCGCUGCUUUCUGUCCAUCUUUUACCUUGAUUUUUUCACCACUGGAGAUCAAACAGCAUACAAGGAAACCAGGACAUGUCCAAGACAACAGAAGCUGUAUACACAAGUGCUAAGCAAAGAAAUAUGACAUCGGACAUCGGGUGGCAGAUAUACUGCAUCAACAAAGAUGCGUCCUAAGACACAUAUUCAAGCACUGCCUGGGUCAACACGCUAACAUGAUGAAAUCAGAGAGACACUGUCUGCUAAUAUUGCGCUGUAAAACACUUUUUCUUUCUCAUGGAAAGACGAUGAGUACUGCAAUCAGCAGUUGAUUGCUUGUAUCAUUGAGAAGCAGUCUCACUCUUUCUGUCUAUUCUGAUGUUGUCAUGUGCCGAUUUCAUAUGUUUUCAGCUGGCCAGAACAGAUGUCUGUGCAGACCGUAAUCUGUCUGCAUCUAGAGGGGUGCAGUUUGUAAGUAAGGGACCCUGUUCCGGCCAUGGAGACACUUUGCAGGUUUUUUUUUUAUUAUUCUUAUUUGUGUGUGGGCAUCUUUCUGUUUGGUCUGCCUUACAACUUGUGCGCAAUGCAAAUUGGAAGACAGCCCUGCUGGAAAAUAAACCUGCUUAAAGCAGCCUAAGUUGGUUUGCUGGUUUUAAAGGGGUUUUGGGAACUUGAGCUGGUCAAGCUUGGAGACCAGUUGGCCAGCCCGCUAAACCAGCUCAAGACCAGCUUGGUUAGGCUGGAAGACUUGCUAAACCAGCUCAAAACCAGCUUAGCUAGGCUUGAAGACUAUCUUAACCAGCUUAAGGACAGCUUGGCCAGACUGGGAAACCAACUUAUACCAACUAAGACCAGCAAACCAGCUUAGUCUGGUUUAAGAUGCUUUUUUUUUUCAGCAGGGAUGAUGAAGAUUGGGCAGAAAAGAGGGUAAAGAGCGAGGAGAGAGAGAGUUAAAAGAGAUUGUAUAUUGAUGGGUAGUUCUCACAGAAGCAGUUAUGUGCCUUUACUCGACCUUCUGUCAAACCAGUGGACAAUGCGCUACACAAAUGCCUGAGCUCACCCAUUAUGAAAACAGCGCGCGCACACAAUUGCACUGUGGAAUGCAGCGGUGGCUCUGCAGCACUCACUUCAGAUUGCCAUAUGAGGAAGAGGACACAUCUAGCAUCUCAAGGUCCCUGUUUGAGCUGUGCAUGUAAUGUCUCUUUCACAGAGUCCGCAGGGUGAUCCAGCUAAUAUUUGCUGCUCAUUUAGUUUUUUGACUAGACUAGAACACUUCGUGACAUUACUUCAGUGUUUACAGUGGAAGGACUUCAAAGCCACCUCAAACAAAAUGUGCUGAUUUGCUGAACUGUCUGUGCUGCUUUUUAUCUCACAUUAAUUCUGUUUACUUGCUCUUCACUUAAUCUGAAACAUUCACGUUGAUGCUUUUCUAGCUGAGCUUCUUUGCAUGUUUGCCCGUGUAAGAGUGAGAGACUGUCCUGCUGGAAAUAAAACCAGCUUAAACCAGGCUAAGAUGGUUUGGUGUUCUUAUCUGGUCACCAGGCUGGUCUUAGAGGAGUUUUGUGCACUUGUCAGCUGGGAAACCAGCUGAAAACCAUCUUGACAAGGCUGGGAGAUGAGCUGAAUACUAGAUUGACCUGGGUGGGAGAUGAGCUAAAGACCACCUUGGUCAGGCUAAGAGACAAACUGAAGACCACCUCGGUCAGACUGGGAGACCUGCUGAAAACCAUCUUGGCCAGGCUGGGAAAAAUCUCAGUACUAGAUGGACCAGGCUGGGGACAAGCUAGACGAGCUGAAGACUGACUUGGCCAGACCGUGGACGCUAGCUAAAACCCAUCUUGGCCAGGCUGGAAAACAAGCUAAAGACCAUCUUGGUCAGAUGGUGAGACCAGCUGAAGACUAUCUUGGCCAGGCAGGGAGACCAGCUGAAGACCAUCUUGGCCAGGCUGGAAGACAAGCUAAAGACCAUCUUGGCCAGGCUGGAAGACAAGCUAAAGACCAUCUUGGCCAGGCUGGAAGACUAGAUGAAGACCAUCUUGGCCAGGCUGGAAGACUAGAUGAAGACCAUCUUGGCCAGGCUGGGAAAUUAGCUGAACACUAUCUUGACCAGGCUGGGAGACCAGCUAACAGCUUAGGCUGGUUUAAGUGUGUGUUUUUUUUUGUUUUUUUUUUUAGCAGGUUCCUAGAUAUUUGAUGACUUUUUGUUUUCAGCUUCUAAACAGUCAGCACAACAAUGCAGUACUCACAACUGCCUUUAUUCUUGGAAUCAAUAAAAAGACAAAAUCUACUGUGGUUCAUCGCUAAUUUACCAUUGCAGAUGUGCUAUCAGUAAAACUGAUUUCAGGAUAAUCAGAGUCAGAAACUUUUGAGGCAUAAAGGCACAGAGUUUAGUAAAGAGUUGAGGGAGAAUUUAUCCAAUCAGUGCCUUCCUAGAAGGCAAUUAUAUUUUUGGUUGUAUAACACCCAUGCACACAGAUAUCACACACUAAUUUCAGCUCAACUGCCUGUAUCAGUUUUCACUAAUGGAGCCCAUAAGAAAGGGUCAAGUUACAGAUUAUGCUCAGUGCUGUAGAGUCUUUGAAUUAUGUGGUACUUGAGUGAACAGGGUGUGCUAAAACUACAAAUUAUCCUUGUCUUUAAUUUUUUUUUUAACAUUUCCUACACCUGCACAUGCUGUACCAACUUCUCUGUAAAUCUGUGAUCAGGCUUGCGUUUUAAGCUAGGUGUCACGACAGGGUUAAAGAUGCUGAAACAUUUUUAAGAACUGGCUAUACUUUUUCUAAAUGUUUCUCAUUUCUGCUGCGAGUGUGUAUAAUGUGUAAAGGAAUCUGUUAAUGCAUGUUAAACCCACAUUUUAAUUUGUACAUCAGAGUUUGACAAUGAAAACAUUUGAUAUAAAAAGAUAAGACUGGAAUGCACAACCUUUAA